UCUUAUUUUUUGGGGGGGAGGGGGCGGUGGUCCCGACUUGGCCGGCCGCCGGGUGGACGGGGGGAGCGGGCCGCGGGGGGAUGCGAACCCGGCUCCCCCCAUCAUGAUGAAGACGGAGCCGCGGGGGCCCGGGGGUCCCCUCCGGAGCGCCUCCCCGCACCGCAGCGCCUACGAGGCGGGCAUCCAGGCGCUGAAGCCGCCCGACGCGCCGGGGCCCCCCGACGAGGCGCCCAAGGCGGCCCACCACAAGAAAUAUGGCUCCAACGUCCACCGCAUCAAAAGUAUGUUCCUGCAGAUGGGCACGCCGGCGGGCCCGCCGGGCGAGGCGGGCGGCGGCGGCGGCGGCGUUGGGGGCGCUGGGGGCGCGGGUGCCCCCGAGGCCCCGCGGGCUUCCGAGCGCGGCGGCGGCGUGCGCCUGUCGCUGCCGCGGGCCAGCAGCCUCAACGAGAACGUGGACCACAGCGCCCUGCUCAAGCUGGGCACCAGCGUGUCGGAGCGCGUGAGCCGCUUCGACUCCAAGCCCGCGCCCUCGGCGCAGCCCGCGCCGCCGCCGCACCCGCCGUCGCGGCUGCAGGAGACGCGGAAGCUGUUCGAGCGCAGCGGGCCCGCGGCGGCGGGUGCGGCGGGCGCGGGUGCGGGCGGCGAGCGCGAGGCGGCGGCGCGGCGGCUGCUGCGGCAGGAGCGCGCCGGCCUGCAGGACCGGAAGCUGGACGUGGUGGUGCGCUUCAACGGCAGCACCGAGGCGCUGGACAAGCUGGACGCCGACGCCGUGUCGCCCACCGUCAGCCAGCUCAGCGCCGUCUUCGAGAAGGCCGACGCGCGCACGGGCCUCCACCGCGGCCCGGGCCUCCCCCGGGGGGCGGCCGGCGGGCCCCAGGUCAACUCCAAGCUGGUCAGCAAGCGGUCCCGGGUGUUCCAGCCGCCGCCGCCGCCGCCGCCGCCGCCCGCCCCGUCGGGGGAUGCCCCGGCCGCCGAGAAGGAGCGCGGCCCCGCGGGCCCGCAGCCCGCGCAGCAGCACCGAGUGGCCCCUGCCCGCCCCCCGCCCAAGCCCCGGGAGGUGCGCAAGAUCAAGCCCGUGGAGGUGGAGGAGAGCGGGGAGUCGGAGGCCGAGGCGGCAGCGGCGGCGCCCGGGGAAGUGAUCCAGGCGGAGGUGACGGUCCACGCGGCCCUGGAGAACGGCAGCGCCUUGGCAACCGCCGCCGCCGGCAGCCCCGCGGCGCCCCAGGAGCCCCACCAGGUCCCGGCGGCCCCCCUGGAGGCGGCGGCCGCGGCGCCCGAGAGAGGGCUGGGCAACGGUCGGGCCCCGGACGUGGCCCCCGAGGAGGCGGACGAGUCCAGGAAGGAGGACUUCUCGGAGGCGGACCUGGUGGACGUGAGCGCCUACAGCGGGCUCGGGGAGGACUCCGGGGGCAGUGCCCUGGAGGAGGACGACGACGAGGACGACGACGAGGAUGGGGAGGCCCCCUACGAGCCCGAGUCCAGCUGCGUGGAGAUCCCCGGGCUGUCGGAGGAAGAGGACCCGGCCCCGAGCCGGAAGAUCCAUUUCAGCACGGCUCCCAUCCAAGUAUUCAGCACCUACUCCAAUGAGGACUAUGACCGGCGCAACGAGGACGUGGACCCCAUGGCGGCGUCCGCCGAGUAUGAGCUGGAGAAGCGGGUGGAGAGGCUGGAGCUGUUCCCCGUGGAGCUGGAGAAAGACUCGGAGGGCCUGGGCAUCAGCAUCAUCGGCAUGGGUGCGGGGGCAGACAUGGGCCUCGAGAAGCUGGGCAUCUUCGUGAAGACCGUGACUGAAGGAGGCGCUGCCCACCGCGAUGGCAGGAUCCAGGUGAAUGACCUCCUGGUAGAAGUGGAUGGGACAAGUCUGGUGGGAGUGACACAGAGCUUCGCGGCCUCCGUGCUCCGGAACACCAAGGGCCGCGUGCGGUUCAUGAUUGGCAGAGAACGGCCAGGCGAGCAGAGUGAGGUGGCCCAGCUAAUUCAGCAGACUCUGGAGCAGGAGCGAUGGCAGCGGGAGAUGAUGGAGCAGCGGUAUGCCCAGUAUGGGGAGGAUGACGAGGAGACAGGAGAGUAUGCCACCGAUGAGGACGAGGAGUUGAGCCCCACCUUUCCCGGAGGCGAGAUGGCCAUCGAGGUGUUUGAGCUGGCAGAGAACGAGGACGCCCUGUCCCCGGUGGACAUGGAGCCAGAGAAGCUGGUGCACAAGUUCAAGGAGCUCCAGAUCAAGCACGCCGUGACGGAGGCAGAGAUCCAGCAGCUGAAGAGAAAGCUGCAGAGCCUUGAGCAGGAAAAGGGCCGGUGGCGGGUAGAGAAGGCGCAGCUGGAGCAGAGCGUGGAGGAGAACAAGGAGCGCAUGGAGAAGCUGGAGGGCUACUGGGGCGAGGCCCAGAGCCUGUGCCAGGCUGUGGACGAGCACCUGCGGGAGACGCAGGCCCAGUACCAGGCCCUGGAGCGCAAGUACAGUAAAGCCAAGCGCCUCAUCAAGGACUACCAGCAGAAGGAGAUUGAGUUCCUGAAAAAGGAGACGGCCCAGCGCCGGGUGCUGGAGGAGUCGGAGCUGGCAAGGAAGGAGGAGAUGGACAAGCUCCUGGACAAGAUCUCAGAACUGGAAGGAAGCCUGCAAACGUUGCGGAAUUCCAAUUCCACUUAACAGGAAGCACUCCUAGACUGGACAUCAGGAGUUCCCUCCCUCUGUCCUCCCUCCCCUGUCCUCAACACCCCACCCCACCCCUGCCAGCCUGGGGACAGGUGCCCCGACACCCCCUCCCCCGCCCCCCAGCUUCAGGGACCAGCAGGCCUAGCACAGGCCCCUUCAAGCGGGCGACUGCUCGGAAAGCUCCGCUUCCGGGCAGGCUGCCGAGGGCUGGCCUGGAUGGUGGAUGGACACAAGGACCCGCAGACCAAACUGCCAGACUUGCCAGCCUCCAGCCUUCGACUCUGGACUGGAGGGGGCCGGGCACUCUUCCAGCAUCUCACCGCCUGGACGCUGCUCCUGCCCCUGGGCCUCUGGACUGGAGACGCCCCCUUCUGGGCCCUUUCCCUGCCCCCUUCCCUGUGCUGUGUGUUCAUUCCCACCCUCCUGCUGGAGGGAGCGUCCCCCCCAGAGCCAGGCCCUGCACUGACACUCUUGUAUCCUUCAGGAAAAGGGGAGUGAGAGUAGGAAAGGGGGCGGGGCCUCCAGGACACCUGGUCCCCCACUUCUCCUUUCCCGGGGCAGCAGUCCUCAGUUUUCUCCUUGUGCCUCCCCUCUCCCAGGUGCCAAAUAGCCAUAACCUCCUCCUGAAACUUCUGCGGCCUCUCUGGGGCCCAGGGUCCCUGGUCGAGCCUGUGAACGCCAGGGAGGAGAGGGGGUCAGCUCAGGCUGGUCUCCAUCACAGGGGGGCCGCCCUGCCCUGCGGGGCCACACCUGGAAGCCUUGUACUAACACCAUGACCCAGCCGCACCCCACCCCUGCCACUCUUUUCCCGUGUUUUGACUGGAGGGCAAAAAUUUUACUAGUUCUCAUCUUUUUGGAGACCAGGGCCGCCCUGCUGCAGCCUGCUUUCUAGUGAAAUCGAUUCCGUUUCCCCACUUGAACCCCAAAUUGGGGCUUGGACCAAGGGAGGUGUGACCCCGCCCCAGGUCCCCUCCCCCUUCUGACUCCUCUCCGCGACCCUCCUCUCCUCGCCCCUGCACCGUCUUGGUUUGGGUUCAUUUUUUAAAAA